AGCUGAUUGUCAAAAAAUAAAAAUAACCUGAAGUUUAUUCAAUUUGUUAAAAAUAUAAUAGCCCUGUUUCGAAACGAUGAACACUCGAAGCUUGUUCAGGGUAUGUAACAAACUUAUAGGACCUAGCAUAGCAUGCACUCCGUGCAGGCAUGUAGGGACUUACAAGACCGUAAAACGUCCAGACCCAAGCACGCUAAAAAUGCCUGCUCCCGGCACAGCCCCAAAGCUAAUGGAGAUAAUUAAGGAAAAAAUACGAUUAAAAGGUCCUUUAUCAGUGGCAGAAUACAUGCAUAUAGUGAUCACGAAUCCUACUGAAGGUUAUUACAUGAAGAAAGAAACGAUAGGGGAAAGUGGGGAUUUCAUAACAUCGCCGGAGAUCAGUCAGCUAUUCGGCGAGAUUGUUGGGAUCUGGUUUUACGCGGAGACGCAGAAGAUGGGCAUGGGCCCGGGAAGACCGCUGCAGAUUGUGGAGCUCGGCCCCGGGAAGGGCACACUCAUGAGUGAUGUUUUGAGGGUGCUGCACCGAUUAGGAUACAAGCCCAAAGACCUCAGCAUUCACCUGGUGGAGAUUUCGGACACCAUGCAAACUGUACAGGCUCACCAACUCUGCGCUUCACAUAAGGGCUGUGAUGUGGACUCGCCACACUAUUGCGAGGGUGAAACAACGAGUGGGAUAAAAGUGUACUGGUACUAUGACUUGAAGAAAGUACCUUGUAACUUUUCUUGGUACAUUGCCCAUGAGUUCUUUGAUGUGCUGCCAAUUCAUAAGUUUGAAAAAACGGAAGAAGGCUGGCGCGAACUCCUAAUAGACAUUGACGAAAACGAAAAACUGUACUACAGAAUAUCAGCUAAAGAGACCAACAAUGUGAACAACCUAAUCCGUCCGCCGCUAGAUGGCGGGGAUCGGACUGAGUUGGAAGUCAGCGCGAGAGGCCUGGGGAUCGCCAGGCAGUUGGCUCAGCGCGUGGACGGGUAUGGAGGGCUGGCGCUGAUCGCUGACUAUGGACAUUCGGGGGAAAAGGGAGAUACUUUUAGAGCAUUCCACAAGCAUAAAGUAGUGAACCCCUUGGAGACCCCCGGUGCCAGCGACCUCACCGCCGACGUGGACUUCUCGCAGCUCCGUGUCGCCGCCUCCAUGACCCCUGGGGACGAGAACUACGCUCUCGUGGUCGGACCUGUUACCCAGAGAGAUUUCUUGAGGCGGACACAAGCUGAGGCGCGGUUAAAGGUCCUAAUAGAUCAUGCCAAAUCUGACGAACAAAAAGAGACGCUGCAGGCAGCUUACGAAAUGCUGAUAGAUCCAGAGAAGAUGGGCGAGAGAUUCAAAUUCAUGGCCUUCUACCCCUCGGCGAUGGCUGCCAUCUUGGAAAAAUACCCGCCUAUCGGAUUUUCGAAUUUAGAAAAGGAAACAAAAUAAAAAGAGUUAAAUAUU